CAUUUCCGUCUAUAUCAAGUCAUUGAUAUUAUGAAAUAUUUCGUAGUUUAUAGCUAUAGACUCGCCUUAAAAUGGCAUGCAUGCGCGAUAUCAUACCUAUGUAUUAUUCCCCAAACGGAAAUCAGGUUGAUCUUGUUAUUAUUAAUAUAAUUUUUAUUAUUAUUAUGUUUUUGACCUCUCGACUGAUCUAAAGCAUAACCAAAACUUUGCCAUGUUCUUGACCAUUUUUUUUCUUCACUUUGCGAGAAUUAAGAAGUUAGAUCUGCAAUGUCAUGUGUCCUUCAUCCAGUACAAUAAAUAUGCUCAUUUAUGUUAAUGCUCAUUUGAACCGUUAGAUUUGAAAAAAAAUGGGGGGAGCCAUAGGUAAAGAUCAUGGAGCUAUGGAAUACAAAGAAAGAAACAUUUACCUUAAUUCUGAAAAAACAUAUGGAAGACUAAAACCAGUUCGACCUAUAACUAUCCAUCAGAAAUCUUUGUUCUGUUUAUGGAUGAUCAUAAUAUGCUUGUAUAUCUUGGUUAAAAUCCUGAAAUUUUGGAGAUGGAUUCUAUCCAAACGGAAACAGGAAGACACCGGACAACAGGACAUGAUAGAGUCACAACGACAGGAAGACGAGAAAAUGAAAACUGGUUUGGCUAAUGGAGGAACCAAAUCUUUAGAGGAAGAAAGUUCACCGAAGGAGGCUAUCCCGUCAUUAUGGGAGAGGUUGACAGAAACCUGCCCAAAACAACCAACAUUUGAAAAAUUUCUAACACAAGCUGUCUUGUUUGGUUGUAUCAUGCUGUACUUCUGGCUUUGUGAUUUUCAACAUAUCUGGCCCAAGACAAACAAGCAAUAUUCAAGGGAUAUGUUCAUCUUUAUUUUCUUUUUGCUCGUUUUCGUUGCUGUUGUUUUGACAAUUAAACAAACUGCGGAUGCGAUUUUGAAUCGAAAUCAAACGGAAGAAUGGAAAGGUUGGAUGCAGGUUCAGUUCGUUUGGUAUCAUUAUUAUGACGCGCAAGAGGUUUUCAACUCAAUUCGUUGCUAUAUUGGGGCUUAUGUUUGGAUGACUGGUUAUGGAAACUUUUGGUAUUUCUACAACAGAAAGGAUUACUCGUUCUUUCGUUUGUGCAAAAUGAUGUGGAGAUUGAAUUUCUUAGUUGUCAUGGUAAUGGCGAUGACCAAUCAUGAAUUUGUACGGUAUUACGUGUGCGCCAUGCACACGUAUUGGUUCCUUACCGUAUACGCAAUGUUGGCUGUCUUUGCCAAGUAUAAUAAUAACCGAAAAGUUAUGGCUGCCAAGUUUGUCCUCUUCUUUCUUUUCAAUUCAAUCAUAUUUGAAUUUCCUUACUUAACGUACAAGAUAUUCUGGCCUUUUCAAUUUGUACUCAAUGUUCGGGGAAAUUUGGAUUACUGGGUCUACCGAGCAACUUUGGACCACUGGGCGACUUGGGUUGGUAUGUUAGUUGCUUAUAACUAUCCGUAUUAUGACGCGUUUUUGAGAUACCUCGAAAAGAACGACGACGAUAGACGACAAAAACAUCUUAAAAACGGCAUAAAAAUCGGCCUUACCAUCAUCUGCCUCGUAAUUAUCGGGCUUUGGUUUCAUUAUUUCUUACUGGUCGAUCGUAAAUGGUAUAAAAGGAUUCAUCCAUACACUUCUAUCAUACCAAUACUGUCCUACAUAUGGCUUAGAAACCUGUAUCCUUCAUUGAGAACUCGUUAUCUAAACCUAUUCAACUGGUUGGGAAAAAUCACGCUGGAGACAUAUCUAUCCCAAAUUCACAUCUACAUGAUAGGGGAUGCGAGGAAGUUACUGGUUUAUAUCCAUAAAUAUCCCAUGAUGAAUUUUGCUAUCGCUACGAUACUAUACGUUUCUGUUUCAUAUUUGCUAUUUCAUCAAACGGUUUUGUUUAGCUCAUAUUUACUGACUGAGAAUACGAGAAUUCGUUGUAAGAACUUUAUCGUUAGUGUUUUGCUGUUACUGCUUUGUUAUGCUUUCUCGUAUCUUUUAACUUGGGCACAAGUUUGGUGAGGCAAUUCAUGCGUGGAAUUUUAUGAUAUAAAUCUUUGAUUCAAGGAUAUUUCGUGUUUAAUAAUGGUGUAGGAUUACUAUAGAAUAGAAAAGGGGUAUAACAGUAAAAUAAUUUUUCAUAUUGACAUUCGUGUUUUUCCUUGCUCGAAACUAGGUUUGAAAUUUGCGCUAACA